GAUCCACGUCCCCGUUUGGACCCUCAGAGCCUCCAGAGCGGGUCAAACCAAGAAAAGAACAGUCUCAGUUCUUUAAGGGGAACUUUCUUUAUUAUUUUUUCUCAACUCCAAACUGACGACUGACUGCACAUGAACGCGUCCACACUCUUACAUGCACUCUCUCACAUGCACACUCACUCCCCUCCUCUGCUGCACCACAAAGAGGUGAGACACAUCGGUUUAAACACACAAUCCCACAACCCAUGUGAGCAAAGACAACCUGUCCAUAUAAGGAGAAUGCUCACUUCCUUCCUUCUCUCUCUCCACUUGACUCAUGUCAGAGCUAAAGGUUUUUUUGUACUGCUGCUAAUAAGAAGUCAGUGACUGAAGUCAGACGUGGCUGUCUGCUGUCAUUUGUUCAAAUUUUUCCAGUGCAGGAGGACAAAAGGUAGAAACCUGCGCUGAAGAAUUACACCUGCUAACAGACCCCCUUCCCCGGACCGCUCCACCUGCUCCGGUACUUCACCUGGAUUCCUCCGCCGCGGCGGGAAACGUGUGGAUUCGGAGCGGGAGACUUCAGGGAAGAGCCCGGGAACAUGGAGAGGCGCGUGCGUGCGCUGGCGCUGCUGGCGGCUCUCCUCUGUGUGGGUCAGAGUCAGGCCCGGAUCGUCAAAGUGCCUCCUGGUCCGUUGGUCAGAGUGGAAGGUGAGCCGGUCUCCAUCAGGUGUGAUGUCACGCAAUACGAUGGACCUCGUGAGCAGGAGUUCGUCUGGAUCAUGUCCAAAGAGGAUAAACGUCGGAUCAACAUCAUCUCCACCAUGGAGAGCGACUUCACGGACGCCGCUCUCAGAAGCCGCGUGGCGUCCAGCGACAUCACGAUACAGCGGCUGCAGGAUAACGCGGUGGAGCUGAGGGUCAAAGCGGUGACGGCGCAGGACUCUGGGACCUACUGGUGCAGGACGCCCAGCACAGACUCAGUGACCUCCGGGAACUACGAGGCUCAGGUGAUCCUGACAGUCAUCCCCAAGUCCCUGAAGGUCUCUCCUCAAGCCCCGCCUCCAGUGGUUCCAGAGGGAGGUGACCUGGUCCUGGCCUGCAACGUCACCCGGGACCUGACCCACUCCACCUACCUGUCCGUCAGCUGGUCUGUGAAGAAGGCCGCCUCCCCCGAGGAGCUCCUCACCUUUGGUCCUGGGGAGGGAGUGACGGUGGGAGUGGGCGUGGCUCAGAGAUUCUUGGACGGGGGCAUACGCUUACUUCCUGGCAGGAACGGCGUCUUUCAGCUGGUCAUCUCCAGAGCGAUGGCGUCUGACAGCGGCGUGUACGGAUGCACCGGCACCGAGUGGACCAGCGAGAACAGGAAGUGGGUCCAAAUCGUGCAGAGCGUGACUGAGAUGGGGCGGGUCACGGUCACCCCCACAGAUGUUUGGACCCCUCCACUGACCAACACGUCUGUCCGUGACGUUCAGGACCGCAGAGGUCAGGCGGCCGUCAUCUACCACGGCGUCCUGGUGGGGGUCCUGGUCCUGUCUCUGGUUGCAGGAUUACUUGUUUCCUCUGUGAAGAAGGUCAGCAGACACCUGGAGGGAGCAGCAGCUUCCACCGCCAGCAGCCCCCAGAUGCUGCAGACUGAAGCUGCUUCCUUUAGGGGGCGCCGCAGAGAACCAUCUACCUCCAUCUAAUCGUCUCCUCCACAUCCUCCGUCUUCCACCCCUCACAAUAUGUGUGAUGUUUCCUCUGCUGAUUCAUUUCCUUCAGUGUCCAUACGUGUCGGUAUCCUAAGAAUCCUACCAACAACCACUGCAUACCAUCGUCUAAACAUCAUCUGUUCCACUUCCAGAUCUACAUUUUCAGACUGAAUGGUCUGAUCAGUGGUCCAACUUCCUGGAUCUGAUGUAGACAUUUGAAUAUAUCCACCGUUUCUGCAGGAAGAACUGUUUGUCUGUUGAGGUUCUGUUGUACAACUGGAUUAAACUGUUGGAUCACAACGG